UGCCGCGGCCGGAAGUGACGCGGACGGAUGUUGUGGAAGAGGAGCUGGGAGCCGGAAGCGAAGCUGCUCCCGCUGAGUCCGGCCGCCGAGAUGGCGUCGCCCGCGUCGGCCGGGAAGCGGACGGUGAAGCAGGACGAGCUGCGGCGGCUCAUGAAGUCCGAGAAGCAGCGGCUCAGCGCCAGCCGGAAGCGAGUGGAGUCCCCCUUCGCCAAGUACAACCGCUUGGGGCAGCUGAGCUGCGCGCUGUGCGGCGUCCCCGUGAAGAGCGAGCUGCUGUGGCCCACGCACGUCCUGGGCAAGCAGCACAAGGAGAAGGUGGCGCUGCUGAAGGGGCCCAAGGAGCCUGGGCCGGGCCCCGCGCAGCCGCCGCUGCCGCCGCCGCCGCCGGCCAAGAGAACCGGCCCCGAGCCGGACGGCCCGGCCGACGCGAAGAGAGCGCGAGCCGCUCCCGCAGCCCCCGGGCUGCCCGUGGACUUCUUUGACUCAGGCGCGAAGGAGGCCCCCCGAAAAGCGUCGGGGCUGAGUUUGCUCCCGGACUACGGAGACGACGACGACGAGGAAGAGGAGGAAGAAGAGGAAAAAGAAGCAAAGAGCGAGAACCCGGCCCCCGCGCACCCUUCUUCCUCGCAGGAGCCUGCGCCCAGCGCGCUGCCCCCCGACUUCUUCGACCAGGACGCCCCGACGGCCCCCGUCGUCUCCCAUUCGGGGUCCAUCCAGAAGGCCGAGGUGCAAGAGAAGGUGGUGGAGAGGCGGGAGAACACGGCCGAGGCUCUGCCCGAGGGCUUCUUCGACGACCCCGAGAUCGACGCCAGAGUGCGGAAAGUGGAUGCGCCCAAGGACCAGAUGGACAAGGAGUGGGACGAGUUCCAGAAGGCCAUGAGGCAGGUCAACACGAUUUCCGAGGCCAUCGUGGCCGAGGAGGACGAGGAGGGGCGGCUGGACCGGCAGAUCGGCGAGAUCGACGAGCAGAUCGAGUGCUACCGUCGGGUGGAGGUCCUCCGGGACCGCCAGGACGUCCUGAAAGGUAAACUGAAGGAAGUGCUGACUUUGAGGGAAUUGCAGAAAAAGGAGGAGGAGAACCUCGACAGCGACGAUGAGGGAGAGCUGCAAGAUCUGCUGUCUCAGGACUGGAGGGUGAAGGGAGCUCUGUUGUGAGAGGCGGGAGGCGUGGCGAAAGACUGCAAAUGCCACUUCUUUUAGUGGUGGGUGAACGAGGAUAAAAUGAGAAACUACGAGAGAAUUCUGGGGGGAAAUGGUACAAGUAUUUUUAUUUUUAUUUUUUUUUUGCAUUCAUGUAUUUUGAGAACUUUCCUGAAUACCAAAACGCGGUGUGUUUUCCUCUCUCAAUAUUCUAGGUCUAAAAUGCAAAACCAUUUUAUGUGAGCAUUGUAAACUGUAAAUGUUGUACAAAGUUAAAUAUAUUUACUAUUGAUGUUUCCUA